AUGGCAAAGUCGAAAGAGCCUGGAUCGAGAUUGAUAACUCGAGCAGAGGCAAUUGCUCGAGACUUCGACCUCAGCCCGAACUGUGUGCGACGAAUAACGAAGCACUUUGUUGACCAGAUAAAGGAUGGCCUUGAAAAUGACCGCCCCUGGCAGCUGCCUGCCUAUCUGAGAAGUAUACCGACCGGAUCCGAGAAGGGCCAGUUCCUGGCUGUUGAUCUUGGUGGAAGCAACUGCAGAAUAUGCAUGGCCAACCUGCAUGGUGAUUCGACUUUCUCCGUUUCGCAAUCUAAGCACAGGGUUCCGCGCAACAUCAUGGUCAAUGAUAGCUAUCUGCCCCUGUUCGAUUUCAUUGCGCAGAAGAUUGCGGAGUUCCUCGAUACAUCUUCCGAUCCCGACAGCCAAUUGCCUCACAAGCUUGGGUUUACAUUCAGUUUUACCUGCGAGCAGAUUUCCCUAAACAGUGGCCGUCUGAUACGCUGGGACAAGGGCUGGGAUAUACCAGAUGCGAUAGGCUGCGAUCCUUGCGUUUUGCUUCAAGAAGCCAUUGAUAGAUUGGGCUUGGCAGUCCGGGUGGUCGUUCUUGCAAAUGACAGCGUUGGUACGCUCUUGACAAGAUCAUACAGCUCGGGUCAGAAGAUAUCGACAUUAGGCGCGGUCAUUUUCGGGACCGGGACAAAUGCCGCCUACGUGGAGAAGCUAUCCAAUGUGCGAAGGCUUGGGGAGAAUGUGACCGAUGCCCAGGGUAUUAUGGUGAUCAAUAGUGAAUGGGGCUCAUUUGAUGACAAAAUGGAGGUGUUACCUCGAACGCCUUUUGAUGACAAACUCGAUGCAGAGUCUGGAGACCCCGGAUCACAAAUGCUAGAGAAGAGGGUAUCUGGACUAUAUCUUGGAGAGUUGCUCCGCUUAUCAAUUCUACAACUGUUUCAAGAGAAUCUUUUCAGCAUGACACUCCAUGAAGUGUCUGAAGUUUGUCAACACAACGGAAUCAAUAGUUCGCUUCUUUCUCAGCUGGUCACCACAGAACCUUACGACAGUGACAGCAAGGCUCAGGUCCUUCAAAAAGCUCUAUCAGUUGAGAAUGUCAGUGCAGAAGAUGUAGCUGCCAUCCAAUUAAUAGCAAGGUCCAUUACCAGACGUGCAGCUCGCUUAGCUGGUGCAUCAUUAUCAGCCAUCAUUAUACAAAGUGGGCGACUCAAAAUAUCUUCGAGUGAAAUCGAAAACCGACCCUUUCGGCGAGCAAUCCCCUUUUUGUCGUUUAGAUUCAAAGACUUCUACCAUUGUGCACCUCCUCUUGCCCGGCAUAUCUUUGACUUUGUGAAAUUUGUCUGCAAGGGUCUAUCGUCGAUGCUACCAAAACACACAUCUGCUCUCAGAGACAUGCCACUGUCGGAAGAGAUAAUCGAUAUUGGAGCUGACGGGUCACUCAUAGAGUUUUAUCCAAUGUUCGAGACUGACAUGCGUGGUGCUGUGAGGGAAAUUCCUGAGAUCGGAGGUGCUGGUGAGAAAAGAAUCAGGAUCAGUCUCACGAAGGAUGGAUCUGGUGUGGGUGCUGCCUUGAUGGCCUACGCGGCAGGUUUGACUGAAAAACAACCCACUUUGCGGUGUGGUCGAUAG